GAAUUAUUAAUCUAAUUCCAAGGCUAAUUUUGUAAUUUCAUACAAACUAACAUUCUUUCAACUCCUUUAAAUACCCUUCACCGAUGCAUUCUUGAUUUCUUGUGUAUGUGUAUGUGUUUAUGUGCCCAUUUUUUUUAAAUUUUCUUUAAGUUUCAUUUCAGUUUCUAUAUUAUUUUAAACCCUAGUUUUUAGCAUCAACCCACAUUUUCUUCACAGUGAUGGAAGAUAAUAAAAAUCAAGAAUCAAACAAUAGUCCAAGAAACCACAGCUCUGAGAGAAAUGAACCGGUUAGGUCAAGAUGGACGCCCAAACCGGAGCAAAUCUUGAUUCUUGAGUCGAUCUUCAACAGUGGAAUGGUUAAUCCACCCAAAGAUGAAACUGUGAGGAUAAGAAAACUUCUUGAGAAAUUUGGUUCGGUCGGAGAUGCAAAUGUUUUCUACUGGUUUCAAAACCGACGCUCAAGAUCUCGCCGCCGGCAACGGCAGAUUCAGGCUUCGCUAGCUGAAGAACAGAAGAAUCAGCAAGCACAAGGCGGUGGUGGUGCAAUUAAUAAUAAUUCUAUGGGGUUUGCAAAUUCUCCUUGUUUCAGUUCUGUUUCUGUAUCUCCUUCUUCUUUUCUUGUCGGUUCUUCCACUUCUUCCUCCUCCUCCUGCGGCGGCGGCGCCGGUGAAGAUGGCGGUGUAGAGAAUAGUAUGUAUUCAAUCCCUAAUCAUCAUAUGGGUUAUCAAGAAAUGAAUCAUACUUCUGGAAUUUCUUCAGUUUUAUGCCCUUCAGAGUCUUCAAAUUUGCAUUACCAAACUGGGUUCAUAACAGUGUUUAUAAAUGGAGUGCCAACAGAAGUUCCAAGAGGAUUAUUAGAUAUGAAAGCAAUGUUUGGACAAGAUAUAAUUUUAGUUCAUUCCUCAGGUGUUGCAGUGCCCAUUAAUGAAUUUGGGUUUCUAAUGCAAAGCUUGCACCAUGGAGAAAGCUAUUUUCUGGUUUCAAGACCAACAUAAAUUGGUAUGAAAGCUGCAUAAUGAAGUGGGAGCUUCCUCUUAAUUUGUUGGUUUGCAGCUUUGCUAGUUAGGGCUAUUUUUUCCUUUUUCAUUACUUCAAAAUUAAUACAUGGAAUUCCCUACCCCUUCAAGGAAAAAAAAUGCAUUACUUUUUUUUUUUUAAUCUUUUGCUCUUGUUUCAUAGGAAGCUUCCAAGACUCAGUAUAAUUUACUGAAACCAUUUGUCAGAAAGACAAUCUGUCUACUGGUUAUGAUCAAGAUCAUUAUAUAAUAAUAUUACAAGAACCAAAUUACUCUUUCUUAUA